AUGGCCACCUCACCCAGUGCGAAGCGACAGAAGUCCUCCAAGGACGUUCCGUACGAGCUCAUCUACUGGCCCGGUCUUCCUGGCCGCGGUGAGCACAUCCGUCUCGCCCUCGAAGAGGCCGGCGCCGAAUACACCGACACCGCGCACAAGGAGGAUGGUAUCAAAGAAGUUCUCGCCCAGAUCGACGACAAGAACAUCGGCGACGAGCUCAACCCGCCGCCCUUGGCACCGCCCAUUCUCAAGCACGGCGACCUCCUCCUCAGCCAGACGCCCAACAUCCUCCAGUACCUGGGUCCCCGCAUCGGUCUCGCGCCCAAGCCGGAGGACGACGAGGAUGCCAUCUACCGCAUCAACGGCCUUGCCCUGACAGCGCUGGAUGGCUUGAGCAACGAAGCGCACGACACGCACCACCCCGUCGCGACUGGGCUCUACUACGAGGAUCAGAAGGAGGAGAGCAAGCGCAAGGCGAAGGACUACAUCGAGAACCGUCUGCCUAAGUUCUUCGGUUACUUCGAGAGGGUGCUGAAGGGUAAGGCGAGCGGAGAUGGUCCCUGGCUCUACGGAGGCUCGCUUUCGUACGCGGACUUGGUUCUGUUCCAGUGCCUCGAUGGCCUCAAGUUCGCGUUUCCCAACGCGCUGAAGCGCCUUGAGGGAAGCGGCGAGUACAAGAGUCUCUUCGAGCUGUAUGAUGCCGUCAAGGAGCGCCCCAAGAUCAAGGCGUAUCUUGCCAGCGAGCGUAGACAAAAGUACAAAGAUGGCAUCUACCGCCACUACCCUGAGCUCGAUGAGGACGCGUCUGCGUAA